AUGGUUGUUCUAGGCAAAGUCAAUCAGUUUUUAACUUGCCUAAGUCAAGAAAAAGCAGAAAAUUAUUCUUUUUCGGCGGCCAGCCAUUUAUAUGAAAUUGGAUGGACCGAAAGUAAUGAUUUAGUCAAGAAGUGGAAGGCCAUAAAAGAUAAUUUUGCUAAAUAUCAAAAAAAACUAAAAGAUGCCAAUCGAUCAGGAGCUGGAGCUGCAAAAAUUAAAGAAUAUCACUUGAAUAAACAAUUACAGUUUUUGAAAAAGGUUUCACAAAAUGCAACUGAUUCCAGUUUAUGCGUAGCGGAAGGAGAUAUUGAGAAUGAAAUAACGGCAUUGCCUCGUUAUAAAAGUCAACCACGAAAACGAAAGGCAGAUGAUAAGGAUGAUAUUGAAGAAGAUUUAUUGGCAAUAUUAAAAACACCGGAGAAUAGACAUUUGCAUUUUUUCAAGGGGAUUUUACCAUCUCUACAAUCGUUAAAUGAGAAUCAAACAUUGAUAUUUCAAAGUCGGGUGCUUCAAAUAUUAACCGACAUUCUUCAACCUUCAAUUCAUCAAAAUACACAUCACGGCUAUAAUCAAGAAUAUCAGCAUCAGGGUUACAAUCAAGGAUAUUCAACUAUGAGAUACGAUAAUACGGUUCAGAGUGGCUACCACACUUCUACUCCUGGAAGUUCGAUUACUGAACAGAGGACUACCUCAUCAUCAAACCAACAACGUCCAAUAAAUUCACCAUUUUUACUGGACGAAACGUCAGCUACUUCCUAUGUUUCACAAGAUGAGGAGGAACUAGAUAGCGUGGUGGACUGGAGCCGCCCGAGACAUUUAAUCGUCGCUGGGGACUUAAACGCAAAGUCUGCGGUGUGGGGAUCGUUGGUGACCAGGCCGCAGGGAGACACGCUAGAGAAAUGGACUGUUGCGCACAAUCUGUCAGUUGCAAACAGGGGCUCCGAAGCUACAUGCGUGCGAACGAACGGAGAAUCCAUCGUAGACGUAACAUUCGUAAGUCAACAUCUGUCCCGCUGGGUCCAGGGUUGGGAAGUCCUAACGGGGGUUGAAACCCUAUCAGAUCACCGUUAUAUCCGGUUCCGUACUCUCGCCCCGUCAUCGUAUCCGGAAAUCAGCCCGAGUUUGUUAAAACUAGGCCCAACCUGGGCCCUUAGAAGCCUAGAUAAGGAGCAAGCGGAACUAGCCAUAACUGUUCAGGCUUGGUGCCCCAAUCCAGAACCUAUAAAUACCGAGGACGAGGCAAUGUGGUUUCGUGACGCUCUGACGUGCAUAUCCGACGCCGCAAUGCAAAGAAGCCGCCCUGGACGUCGCCGACAAAGUGUAUUCUGGUGGUCGGUGGAGCUCGCCCAGCUACGGGCUGUCUGCGUUACCACCCGUCGCCUUUACACUAGGGCUCGCAGACGACGUCCCCUAUGUGCCGAAGAGGAAAGCCGAACCCACUGUGCAUUCCGAGAGGCUAAACAGGCGCUAAGAAUUGCGAUUGCUGAAUCAAAAAAAAGGGCAUGGCAGGAACUACUAGAGACGAUAGAGCGGGAUCCCUGGGGGCGCCCGUACCAGAUAGUUACAAAUAAACUGCGCCCCUGGGCCCCACCUCUCACAGUUACAAUGGAGCCAGACCUGCUAAGCACGGUGGUGGCAAAACUUUUCCCCGAGCGGAGUACGCCAGAUCUGCACCAAGGGACGCGCAUCGAACACGUUGAAACCAUCCCUGAGGUAUCCUCUUCGGAAUUAGAGACGGCAAUAGAGCGGAUGUCCACAAAAAAACCGCGCCGGGGCCUGAUGGCGUGCACGGGCGAAUCCUGGCCCUCACCCUCACCGCUGGUCUUGGCGUGCGAUAUCAGUGCCUCCUCACAGAAUGCUUGCGAAAUGGCCACUUCCCCGUAUCGCCCAAUAGUCCUGCUAGAUGAAGCUGGCAAGCUGUUCGAGCGGAUCAUUGCCGGUCGUAUUUACAAGCACCUAGAGUCUGUGGGCCCUAACAUACACGAAGCGCAAUUCGGGUUUAGAAAGAGGCGAUCAACAAUAGACGCUAUCGCUCGACUUCGAGCAGUGUGCGAAGAGCAGCUGUCCCGCGGUGGUGUGGCCUUAGCAAUAUCGUUGGACGUCGCCAACGCUUUUAACACACUGCCCUGGGAAAAUAUCGAGGCAGGCCUCAAAUAUCACGGGCUACCGGAGUACAUACAAAAGUGUAUUGCAUCGUAUCUUACAGGACGCCGAGUCGUUUACCCAUCUAAACAUGGUCUCAGGGAGCGACUUAUCAAAUGCGGUGUUCCACAGGGCUCCGUUCUUGGACCGCUGCUAUGGAACAUCGGCUACGACAAGGUACUCAGGGCGGAACUAGUCGCGGGAGUGACAACUAUCUGCUAUGCCGACGACACACUCGUGGUUGCUUGUGGGCAGGAUUACAAGGAAGCGCGAUUACGCGCAACUGCUGGAGUAGCCAGAGUUGUGUCCGAGAUUAGAAAGCUUGGUCUCACAGUCGCCCUCGCCAAAUCGGAGGCGAUAUGUUUCCACGGCCACCGCAGAGCGCCACCACAAGGUGAAAGCAUUAUAGUCGGCGGAGUAUCUAUCCUGAUCGGCUCCACACUCAAAUACCUAGGGCUUGUCCUAGAUCCUCGGUGGACGUUCAAGGCGCACUUCACGACACUUGCCCCCAACCUUACUACCACAGCAGGUAUGCUCUCACGCAUAAUGCCAAACCUAGGCGGGCCGGGUGGAGAGUGUCGCCGCCUAUACGCUAAUGUAGUGCGAGCGAAGGCAUUGUACGGGUGCCCAAUAUGGGCGGAUAAGCUGAACCGGUACAACAAAACCAUCCUCAGGCAGUCGCAGAGAGUAAUCGCAAUUAGGGUCGCGAGGGCGUACCGCACGGUUUCGUAUGACGCAGCGUGUGUUAUAGCCGGCACCACACCCUGGCACCUCGAAGCGGAUGCCUUAAGCGAAGUUUAUUGGAGGAGGGCCGAAGCUAGGCACAAUAGUAAUGACCCAGCGCUCGGAGCAAUCAAGUCGUGGAAAAUUUCCGAAGAAAACGAAGCAAUAAGACAGUGGGCGGAAGAACUAGCUACUGCGAGCGCUGGGUUCUACACCAUCAACGCGUUCAGACCACAUCUCGACAAAUGGGUGAGGAGGCGGUGGGGCCGCCUCAGCUACCGACUCGUGCAGAUAUUGUCCGGACACGGCUGUUUCGGCAGCUAUCUGCACAAGGUAGUCGGGCGUGAGGAGGCACCAACCUGCCACCAUUGUGACGCUGGUGUUGUUGAUGAUGCGCUCCACACCUUAAAGGAUUGCCUAGCAUGGGAGGUGGAAAGGAGGCCUCUACUGGGCGUGCUACAGGGCGAGGACGCUAUCCUCGAUAACAUUGUGAGAGUAGCAGUUACAAACACGGACAGUGACGGCAUGUGGGAAAUCUUCCAGAGAUUCUGUGAAGCCGUCAUGCACAAAAAGGAAGAGGCGGAAAGGGCCAGGGAGGAUGAUCCUGCAGCCCACCCGCGUCGCCGUAGGAGACCACAGCGCCGCCGUUGCACCGUGCAACCCCGUGUGUAA